GGUCCUGCAGCUAACAGGAAGCAGCAGCGGCAGUGAAGCAAACAGAUUCUUUAAAGUGUGAAUAAAGGUGUUUAAAGGUGUUUAAAGGUGGUGCAUCAUGAGUGAGGAUCAUUAUCUGGAGCUGUGUGAGAAACCAGUGCAGUUUGAAAACGCGUCCAGCGUCAACAACGUCUUUUUCGAUGAAGCAAACAAACAGGUGUUCGCGGUGCGUUCUGGCGGAGCCACAGGUGUCGUGGUCAAAGGUCCGGACGACAAGAGCAGCGUUGCCUUCAGAAUGGAUGAUAAAGGGGAAGUGAAAUGCAUCAAGUUCUCCAUCGGAAAUAAGAUCCUGGCUGUGCAGAGAACCCCGAAGUCUGUGGAUUUUAUCAACUUUAUUCCUGACUAUCCACACAUGGAGUUCACGCAGGAGUGUAAGACAAAGAACGCCAGCGUUCUGGGAUUCUGUUGGACCAACUGGAACGAGAUCGUCUUCAUCACUGACCAGGGAAUUGAGUUUUACCAGGUGUUUCCAGACAAGCGCAGUCUGAAGCUGCUGAAGAGUCAGAGUAUUAACGUAAACUGGUACCAGUACUGUCCAGAGACAGCCGUCAUCCUGCUGUCCACCACCGUGCAGGGGAACGUCCUGCAGCCCUUCGCCUUCAGGAACGGAACCAUGUCCAAGAUGUCAAAGUUUGAGAUCGAGCUGCCCGUCGUCCCAAAACCAGCCAAACUCAGCCUGUCGGAGAGAGACAUCGCCAUGGCAACCAUAUAUGGUCAACUGUACGUUAUGUAUUUGAAACAUCACUCGAGGACGGCCAACAGUCCCAGUGCAGAGGUGGUGCUGUAUCACCUGCCCAGGGAGGGCACGUGUAAAAAGACUCACGUACUGAAGCUGAACACGACGGGGAAGUUUGCUCUGAACGUCGCCGACAACCUGGUGGUCGUCCAUCACCAGAGUUCACAGACGUCUCUGAUCUUCGACAUCAAGCUGAAGGAGCCUGAUGGUGCUGUGAACACACACCAGCCUGUCCUGCCUGCUCGCUCCAUUCACCCCUACAGGAUCCCACUGACAGGUCCAGCAGUUGUUGCGUCUCAGCCUCCCGUCCCCUGUCAGCUCUACUCUUCGUCCUGGAGCGUCUUCCAGCCUGACAUCAUCAUCAGCGCCAGUGAAGGUUACCUGUGGUACCUGCAGGUGAGACUGCCCCCUGCUGUCAACUUGCUGCAGGACAAAGGCAAACUCAUGGACUUCCUGUUACGACGCAGAGACUGCAAGAUGGUCAUCCUGUCCGUCUGCUCACAAAUUCUGGACGACGGUGAGAAAGGAAGUCUCCCUGUCGUGGCGACUGUGUUCGACAAACUCAACCAGGUUUACAAAGAUUAUCUGGAGGCGGAGCAAAGCUACACAGUGGCAAUGGAGUCUGGUCCGAGUCGAGGCAGCGCCGCUCAGAAACGUCCGGUCAGAACUCAGGCGGUCAUUGACCAAUCAGACAUGUAUACACACGUGCUGUCGUCUUUCACAGAGAGGAAGGGGGUGUCUCAUAAGUUCAUCAUUGCUGUGUUGAUGGAGUACAUUCGCUCUCUGAACCAGUUCCAGAUCACAGUUCAGCAUUAUUUGUAUGAGCUGGUGAUUAAAACUCUGGUGCAGCACAAUCUUUUCUACAUGUUACAUCAGUUCCUGCAGUAUCAUGUUCUCAGUGACUCCAAACCUCUGGCGUGUUUGCUUCUGUCUCUGGAGAGCACGUAUCCUCCUGCUCAUCAGCUGUCACUGGACAUGCUCAAGCGUUUGUCGACGGCUAACGACGAGAUCGUCGAGGUUUUGUUGUCGAAGCAACAAGUUCUCGCUGCUCUGAGGUUCAUACGCAGUGUUGGUAGUCAUGACAACGUGUCGGCGAGGAAGUUUCUGGACGCUGCUAGUCAAACUGGAGACCAGAUGUUGUUUUAUACUGUUUUCAGAUCAUUUCAGCAGAGAAACCAGCGAAUGAGAGGAAGCCCCGCCUUUAACCCUGGAGAACACUGUGAGGAGCAUGUGACCCACUUCAAACAGCUGUUUGGUGAACAAUCACUUAUGAAACCUUCAACUGUGUAAACAUCAGCUGUCAUUAACCAUUAACUACUGUUAACUACUCAUAAUAACACUUAUAAUAACAGCUGUUAAAGGUCUGUAACCAUUAUUAACUGGUAACAAACUGAUUAGCUGUUAAUGAACUGAUAUAAACAGUUAAUAACUGGUGGCUAAUAACGUGAUAAAAUAACAUUACAACAGUAACAGUUAAAAAAAACCUGGUAACGGUCAAUAAUUGUUAAUAGCGGUUAUUAACUGUCAUUCACAUCACAAUAACAGACUCGAUGAACGAGCAACAACGUCAACAUUUAUGAAUACUUCAAAAAACGUAAUGUUUUUACAGUCACAUCAAGUUUUUAUUUAAAAGCUACCGUGAUGAAUCAGAGACGAAACUAAUGUGAUUAAAGUUUGUAAAUAAGUUUGAAUGUCAAACUUUGAUCAUGUGAAAAAAACAGACACGAUGGUUGAUAAUAAAGCUCAGGAAAGGUUGUGGGCGGAGCCAGAGGCGGUACAUAUGAAACACAUGACUUUAACAAAUGUUAUUUAUUUUCUGUGAUGAAGAAAUAAUUAUGUCACCGAGUAUAAAGUUUAUGAAAAUAAGAGCGUAAUGUUUCUUGUGUACAACGAAAUAAAUAAACUGUAAAUACAA